CUCAUAACAAGAAGUAAGAUGGCCGCCGUCGACACCAGUUUAUCGAGUCAAAAUCCCGCCAAGAAAGAAGAUGAAUUCAACGAAUUUUAUUCAGAGGUGAAAGAAAUCGAAAAGAGAGAUUCUGUGUUGACUCCUAAACAACAAAUCGACAGAUUAUUGAGACCUGGCUCAUCUUACUUCAAUUUGAAUCCAUUUGAAGUUCUACAAAUUGAUCCAAGCACACCAAUAGAUGAAAUCAAAAAGAAAUAUCGUCGUAUGUCAAUUUUGGUACAUCCAGACAAGAAUCAAGAUGAUGCCGAAAGAGCACAACAAGCCUUUGAAAUUGUUAACAAGGCAUGGAAAACACUGGAAAAUGAAGAAACCAGAUCAAAAUGCAUGGAUGUGAUUGAAGAAGCCAAAGCUCGAACUGACCACAUGAUUGCAGAAAAGAAAAAAAAAUUAAAGAAGGAUGGAAAGUCAGAGAAUUCUAGUUCAUCUCUUUUGGAAGAAGAAACCGAGGAGGGUUACAGACAUGCAGUUUGGGUCAUGACAAUGAAACUAUUUGCCGAUAUGGAACGAAGAAGACGAGAACUGGCCACGAGAGAUGCUGAACAGCGUAAGAGAAAACGCGAGGAGGAAUUAUCUGCAGAAGCUCAGGCGGCAUUGGAACGGGAGUGGCAACGAAAUUUUGAAGAAUCCAGACAAUCGCGCGUUGACAGCUGGAAAGCAUUCCAAUCCGGCGCGAGCGCAACAAAACAAAAGAAAGCGAAGAAGCUCAAAGCCUUCAGGCCACCAAAAACGAAGGCAGAGUCGCGAUAAUCGCGAUUCUUCCUAUUCUCUUCACUUCCGUCGUACAUAUUCUGACUUCGACACAAUAUUUUAUCUUAGCGAGAUUUGCCGCGUUAAAAUAGACUAAGCAAUCACAUUAUUUGAUGUUGAUCGAAUAACAAAAGUCCCAAGGUAAGUAGUCGUAAACAGAUUCUCAAUUUUGUUGCCGGAUUCCACAUCAAUAUUUGAAUUUCUGAAAGAUUAUUCUUAUAUUAAAAUGAGGUCAAGUAUUUUUUAAUCUCUUAAAAAAUAAAAAAUAACAUUGACACUCUGUUUAUGAUGAGCUCUCAGUCUUUUACUUUAUGAAAACUUAUUUAUAUUAUUAUUAUUAUUAUUAUUAUUUUGUAAUAUGCGCACACAUACGAUUGUUACAAUUCGUCAAAGUUUGGGAGCAACUGAUCGUGAGUUUACUUCAUCCCUUAGAUAAUUCUGAUUUGAAUCAGAAUGAGAAUGUAAAGAUGUAAAUGCUAGUGUUACUUGAACAAAAUUGAUGUUGAGAUACGUGUUGAGAGAAGUGUAAAACAACCAAUGCAAAUUAUGUAGCAUACGAUUUAAAAUUUCUUGGUCUUAUUAAGAAUAAAAACUUCCUAUUUUUCAGUAAAAAAAGAGAAAGUAUGAGUGCGUGCGUUUUUUUUUAUUUUAAUGCAUUUUUGAUAAGCGAAAAAUAAUACCAGAGAUUUUAUUCUUAGAGAUAUUUAUAUACAGACCAAGAACUUUUGAAUUUUACUACAAAUAUGGCGAAUGAAUGAGAAAUACGUAUCUUUACAAUUUACCAAUAUAUACAAGUUAAGUGCAAUUUCGUAUGCAUGUGUGAGAGCGUGCAGCUUAUUUCGGAUAUAAUUUGUGAAUCACAAGAAUUUUUGACGAAAAGAACAAAUAUAAGUUCCGUUUAUUUAAAAUAAUUUCAACAGUUGUGUGAUAAAUUAAGCAGGUUUCUACUUAAAAAAUGGUUGUUCAAAUAGUUUUCACAGUGUACGACACGAUUGUAAACGUCUUUUCUGACUUCUAUUUUUUGUUGCAAAAUUUAAAAUCUGUAUUGAAUUGUUUGAUAAGUUCGUAGCGUUUUGCAACAGAUUUCUUUAUGAAUAAAUGCGAUUAUGUGACAUCGACGAAUUAUGAUGUCAUGAUGCGUAUAAACAAAUAAAAAAGAAAAACAAGACGAAAGUUUCUUUCGAUAAGCAUAUUACAUGUACAUACAUUGGCAAUACCUCUGCGUACAUUAUAACAAUCGUCAAUUUUAUAAUCUACAUGUGUCUCGUACAUUACUAUUGAACUACCAUAAUUACGAUCGUCCUUUAUCGCGUAGAGAAAGUAACGAUGACUGCGUGUUUUAUUAUAUAUAAUAUACAUAUACGCGCGAUAAAAUUGAAAACAAAACUGAAGAACUUCGCGAUAGCGUAUUUAAAAUAUAAAUGUUUAAAUUAAAAAUAAUAAAUAAUGAAAAUGAUGUGAUGUUAAUAUAGA